AUGUGGAAUGUUCAUGGUAGAGUGGAGAAUGCUAAUGGGUUUUUUUAUAUAAGGAAGUUGAACAAUGUCCGCAUAUGUAGUGCUGAAGUACGUAUGAUGAAUCGUCCUCAUAUGAGUUCUGAUUUAGUUGCUGAUUUGAUUGUUGAAGGUGUUCGUGAUAAUCCAUUGACACGUCCAGUUCAUGUUGUUCGGGAUUUUAAGUUUGGGUAUGGGCUGAGAGUUAGUUAUCAUCAAGCUUGGUUAGGGGUAGAGAAAGCAAAAGGUGAGAUUUUUGGAGACUACUUAAUGUCAUUUGACCAGUUAAGAUGGUAUGUGGAUGUUGCAAAGAGUUGCAAUCCAGGGAGCUACAUUGAGUUUGAGUGUGACGAUGAUACUAAACGGUUUAAGAGAUUAUUUGUUUCUUUUCAUUGUUCCAUUAGUGGAUUUAAUUAUUGUCGACCUCUCUUAUUCCUUGAUGGCACAUUUUUGAAGGGAAGAUUUAGAGGAAAUUUACUUGUUGCUACAGGAAAAGAUGGAAAUCAAGGGUUCUUUCCUGUUUGUUUUGCAGUUGUUGGCUCAGAGAAUCAAGAUAACUGGCAUCGUAACCUUGGAUUAGUUGAAGUGUUGCCAAAGGUUUUCCCAAUGGCUGUCCAUGCUUAUUGUUUAUAUCAUUUGAAGAUGAACUUGAGGCAUCAUUUGCGUGGUAUGUUUUAUGGAUUGAAAGAAAAGCUGAUCACUCUGUUUGGGAAAUGUGCAUAUGCUCCAACUGAAGAAACAUUUCAUCAAUGUUUGGUUGAGUUAAAGACUAAAGAUGGGUCAAGAGUUGAAAAGUUUUUAGAUGACAUACCAUAUGAUCAUUGGAGUAAUGCAUAUUUUCGAGGGCAACGCUUUGGAGAGAUAUGGUCAAAUGUAACUGAAUCUUUCAAUUCGUGGAUACAAGAGGAACGCCACUUGCCUAUCACAAAGUUGAUUGAUAGUGUAAGAAUUAAGUUGAUGAGAAAAAUUGCUAAGAGGAGGGAACUUGUUAAUAAAUGGAAUGGUUUGAUAUGCCCUAAAAUGGUGUCCAAGUUGCAUGAUGGUUUUAAUACUUCGAGGCCAUGGAUUGUUAGUUCAUUUGGAAAUGAUGUCUAUGAGGUGCAUUCACAUCCAUCUGUUUCAGUUGACAUUAGUAGACGAAUUUGUUCUUGUGGCGAGUUGCAGUUGAAAGGGUUUCCAUGUACACAUGCAGUUGGUGCUAUACAAAAGAGUGGACAUGAUUUAAGUUUAUUUGUUGAUCAAUACUUCUAUAUUCAAAGUUAUCAAGAGUCCUAUUCUUUUCCCAUAUAUCAUGUUCCUUCAAUUUGGAAACCAGAUUGUAAUGUUGAUGGUGAUAGUGAAGUUGUUCUUCCUCCUUUGUCUAAGAAGCAACCAGGAAGGCCAAAUAAGAAGAGGAUUCGUUCGAAUGGUGAGAAAGUAAGGCAAAUUACUUGUAGUAGAUGUGGAAAGGUUGGCAAUCACAAUAAGAAAUCGUGUAAGGAGGCUUUAUGA